AUGCACUUGCCUCCCCGCCAGCUCCUCCGUCUCCUGCUCCAGGCUCUGGCGGCUCUUUGCAGCCGGCUGGCGCUCCUUUGCCUUUGGGGGCCGCUCCGCCGCAGGGUCUCCCCGAGCGCAGCCCCGGAGCCGGGCGCCCCUCGCCCGCCGGUGCCGCUCAGCGUCAAUUAUCACUUCACCCGCCAGUGCAAUUAUAAGUGCGGCUUCUGCUUCCACACGGCCAAGACCUCUUUCGUCCUGCCGCUGCAGGAGGCUAAGAGGGGGCUCCGGUUGCUCAAGGAAGCGGGUCUGGAGAAAAUAAACUUUUCAGGUGGUGAACCAUUUCUGCAUGAGCGAGGCGAGUUUGUCGGGAAGCUGGUCCAAUUUUGCAAGGAGGAGCUAAAGUUGCCAAGUGUUAGCAUUGUGACCAAUGGCAGUAUGAUUAAGGAGAGAUGGUUCAAAUAUUAUGGGGUCUAUCUAGAUAUUCUUGCUGUAUCGUGUGAUAGCUUCAAUGAAGAAGUCAAUGCUUUAAUUGGCCGUGGGCAAGGGAAGAAAAAUCAUGUCGAAAAUCUUGAAAAACUGAAGAUAUGGUGCCAAAAAUACAGUGUUGCUUUCAAAAUAAAUUCCGUGAUCAAUCGUUUCAAUGUGGAAGAAGACAUGAAUGAGAAGAUCAAAGCUCUAAAUCCUGUCCGCUGGAAGAUAUUUCAGUGUUUGCUCAUUGAAGGAGAAAAUACGGGGGAGGAAUCUAUGAGAGAAGCUGAAAGGUUCAUCAUCGAUGAUGAAGAUUUUGAAAGAUUUGUGCACCGUCAUAAAGAUCUCCCAUGCUUAGUCCCUGAAUCCAAUCAAAAGAUGAGAGAUUCCUAUUUAAUUCUGGAUGAAUAUAUGCGGUUUCUCAACUGUGCAAAUGGCCGGAAAGAGCCAUCUCGGUCAAUCCUGGAUAUAGGAGUUAAACAUGCUAUACAAUUCAGUGGCUUUGAUGAAAAUAUGUUUUUCAAGCGAGGAGGCAAAUAUGUCUGGAGCAAACAAGAUAUGGCACUGCAAUGGUGAUCCAACUUGUUCUUUGCUGGAAAUGUCUGCAAGCACAAACUGUAGUGGUUUUACUCUCCUCUUCAGAGAAAGAUGCUCAAUUUUUUUUAAGAAAGAAACUCCUGCAUUCUAGCUACUACAGGUGCAUGGUGCUAUGGCAGUCUUGUUUUAUGCAAAAAAAAAAGUGAUGUUUUGUUCACAAACAAUGAAUUGUACCAGCACAGAACAUGUUGGCUUUAGAAAGACACCUGUCCUGUAGUCAAAUAUGGGAAUACUGGGAAACAAUCCAGUCUGCAAGACGUUUGUUGCUACCAUGUUGUAGGAUUGCAGAGAUGAAUUUUAAAAUAUUUAAUUCCAGUUGGUCGCUUCUAUAUAAAAAGAAAAAAGAGAUUGUAAUUGUUGUUUUCAACACAUGAAUGCAUGAAUAACAAUUUACAUAUGUACGGUCAGGAUCAUUAAACUAAGAUUUUGGGACAAAUUAUCAGCAAACAGAAGGUACGGCAGAACUCCAAGUUGCCAUGGUUAUCACAAGUGCAUUACUGGAAAAAAAAACCUUCAAUAAAAUUUUCAAGCUGAGUUAUCAAUUUUCAGGUGACCCAAAACUGCCUUUAAUGUUUCUAGGAGAAGCAUAAGGGUGGGAAGAUAAAAUAGAGGCAACUUGAAUAGGGGUACCCACGAUCAGUAUAAUUUGCAUUUUUCUAAGCUACUUUUGUUUGUCUGUGUGUGUGAUGUGAGUUUUGUUUGCAAUACAGCAGAAAACCAAUUUUAGACUUUUUGUGUGUUUUUUACCUCAAAAGACUAUGUAAAAGUGUAGCAAUGGCUUCUGCAACUUUGUGGAUUCUGAAAGUGAAAUGAGGGGGUUAGCUGCUGAUUUCCACUCCUAUCAUUUUAGAAAAUUCUACAUUUACUUAUGAUGGCCAAUACAUCAUUGAAAUAAUCUGCAAAAAAUAAAAGAAGAUAUGUUUUUAUUUUGUGAUAUGGGUUUACGGUUCAUAUUGUUUUCAUUUUUUUAUAUCAUAUAUUUUUUGCUAUUUU